CACGUACAUUUGUUCAUCCACAGGAAGGCCACAAUGCUCCGCAGAGACUUCAGCUCGCUCCAGUACAAACUUAAGAGAACUUGUUAGAAGAUAUCUUCAUACUCAACUCACAUCUCAGGAUUUUUGGAGCCGUUUCCACAGCAAUGAUCUUCACAGCAGAGCAGGUGGCUUGUGUGUGCGAGGUCCUUCUGAAGAGCGGUUGCAUGGAUCGUCUUGCUGGCUUCCUCCACACUCUUCCUCCUCCUUCCCUCUCCUCUGUUUGCCCUGGGGAGCUGGAAAGCGUGCUGAAAGCUAAAGCUGCAGUGGCCUUUCACCAGGGCCACUUCACUGACCUCUACACCCUGCUGGAGGGUUUCCCCUUCUCCCCACACAACCACCCGCUCCUGCAGCAGCUCUGGCUCAGAGCCCACUACGUGGAGGCCGAGAGGCAGAGGGGCCGGCCCCUGGGAGCUGUGGGCAAGUAUCGCGUAAGGAGGAGGUUUCCUCUACCACACACCAUCUGGGAUGGAGAGGAGACCAGCUACUGUUUUAAGGAAAAAUCCCGGAGCAUACUCCGGGAGUGGUACUGCCAUAAACCCUAUCCCUCCACCCAGGAGAAAUGGGAGCUAGCAGCAGCCACGGGCCUGACCACCAUGCAGGUCAGCAACUGGUUCAAGAACCGCAGGCAGAGGGACCGGACCCCGGAUGUUAACGGGUCAGUGACGGUUUCCAGAUAUCUAGCUCUGGAGGAACUUCAGGACAAGUCUACCCUUCCUCUGACACUGACUCAUCACCUCCAGGAAGCCCACAUCCCCUGUACCACUCUCCACCUCCACCCCUCUCUCACCCACCUCCUCCUCUACAUCACAUGUGUGUAGGCCUCAUUUGAGUCAGCCCUUCACAAGUUUAAUUUGUGACUUAUUUUUGAAUAGUAACAAUUACAAAAACUGUUUUGCUCCUAAUUGAAUAUAAAGUCUAUUUUCUGAUGUCCAAACCAAUACUUUGCAAGCUUAGUAAAGUUUGUUACCAAAACAUGACUGGACAGACAUCGUCCUUUAACUUUUAAAAGGGAGGAUAAGACUGGGCUAUACUGGUAAUAUGUCUCUGCAUGUACUAAUAUUUUAUAAUAGUUUAUGUUUUUGACUUUCCAAAAGUGCAUCAAAAUCUCAAAGAAACGGAAUAAAACCAUUGUUACUUUA